CGAAGUGUCGUCGGUGAUGAAAUGCGACGUUUGUGGCGUUGGCCUGUCUUCACUGGAAAAAUAUGUGGAGCACCACAUCGCAGCGCACAAAUUCGCCGCCGACUACGUGCAGCAGGCGUUCCACAAAGAUAAAGAAUUCAGUGAAUGGAAAGCUCAGGAAGAGGCGAAUGAGAACUGUUGGUUUAUUCUUCACACGGCUCCUAAAAAGCUGGCCAGUGGGGAAACGAGGAGCCACUACUAUAAUAGAUCAGGAGUGGCUAGGCCAAAGGAAGGUCAUGGUAAUCGUCGAGAGAAAAGUCAGGGUACCUGCAAGUCCGCUAAGAUAUGUCUUUCAUUUAUUACUGUGACGAAGAAGGAGAACACUCAGAGCCCGGCACCUGAAGAUAUCACCAUAAAUGUAAGGUACCAAAGAAAGCAUUAUGGCCAUAAAGCAGAAAUUCAGCACUUGAGGAUGAGUGACAAAGAAAAGGCCAACGUUAACCAACGUAGCAGAGGACCUGGAGCGUGGUGUGCCCAUGAAAACCAUAUUGAAUAAUAUAAGAACAUCUGUUGCAUGUAAGGUGAGGCCAGCACAUUUGGCAGAACGCAUAACUCUGCAUAACAUCAAACGGCAGUUUCACAUCGCUGCUCCUGAACAGUGUCACACCAAUGAUGCUGUCAGUGUAGAUAUGUGGGUGAAAGCAAUGUAAGACAAAAGUGAAACACUUGUCUGUCUGUAUAAGGCACAAGGUGCAGUGGACCCAACUGGUACUUUUGGUGCAACAGAUUUUGCCCUUGCUUUGAUGACAGAGCCACAAAAAGAGCUGUUAGAAGAAUUGGGCACGGGCACUGUGUGUCUUGACUCAACACAUGGAACUACAGGGUACCAGUUUGAGCUGAUCACUCUUCUAGUGCUAGAUGAAGUGGGAUAAGGUAUACCUAUAGCCUAUUUCAUCUGCAACAGGAUGAAUGAGGAAAACUUGGCAGCUUUUUUCAGGUCUCUUGAGUGUGCCAUCAACAAAAAAGUGGCUGCUAAGACAUUUAUGUCUGAUGACGCCUCACAAUUUUACAAGGCAUGGUCGUCAGUUAUGGGUGUCCCUCAGCAGAAACUUCUCUGCACCUGGCAUGUGGAUAGGAAUUGGCAGAAGAAGAUACAUGAGUGUGUAGAAAAACAACUGAGGCCAGACGUGUACCACAACGUGCGACUCCUUUUAGAGUUCCUUGACCAGCAAGAAUUUGAAAAGUAUCUUCAAUCAUUCCUUGACACUGAGGAAGAAAAACUGAGGGAUUUUCUGAAGUACUUCAAGGACAACUAUGCAGUUAGACCUCAAGAGCGGGCCUACUGCUUUAGGACGAGGGCAGGUAUCAACACCAACAUGCACCUUGAGAGCAUGCACAGGACGUUGAAGCACAGCAUGCUGGAGGGAAAGAAGAAUAAGCGUGUUGAUAAACUAAUUUCUGCCCUCAUGGACUUGACAUAUCAUUUUUUGAUGAAGAGGGCAAUCCAGAUGAUCAAAGAAGCAAAGGGCAAGAAGUUGAGUGCAGUUGAAAGGUACCACAGAUCUGGCACUGAAAUGGCAGGUUGUGCCAAAUUAAACGAAGACGGCACGUGGAAUGUGCCAUCUCAGUCUACUAAAGGGCACUCUUAUACAGUGACAAAAGUCGGGGAUGCUGCUUGCUGUCCCUUGAGGUGCAAUGAAUGUGCAGUGUGUGCGCACCUGAUACACUUCAAAGUGUGCAAGCACAUUCACUGUGUCGUCAUUGCUAACACAUUGUCAAGCAGUGACAAUAACGACUAUGAGAGCCCACCUGAAACAGUAACUGAAAUGAGUCGGGCAUUGCUCAUAGUGCAAAGCAUUGCAAAGCUGGAGGCGGCCACAACAGUUUCAUCUGCCUUGGCGCAGUUGGCCUGCCUUACAAACUCAUAA